GACGUAGUGGCCCGGCCGCCGGAGCGCGGCGACGGUGUGGGCCCGGAGCGCUGCCCCGCCGCCGCCUGGGCCGCGCCGAGCCGGUGAGGCGCGCCGUGCCUGACGUCCGAUUUUCAUGGUUUUAUGCGUUUUUUUUUUUAAACUUACGGAUUAACGAAGGGCGACUUCGCCUCCUCUCCGCGCGGCCAAGAUGGAGCAGACUGAGAGCUGCCCCCACGCCGCUCGGGCCGUGGGCGAGGCGGAGCCGUGCAGCACAGCCCUCGCCUCCGGCGGGCUGCGGGGCUUGUGAGAGCGCUCCCUGACAGCUCCCCCCGUGAACUGGCCCGAAAUGGUCGCCGCAGGAAAGAUUUGAUGAAAUUCCCCUCGGUUGGCGGCAGCCGGGUGGAAACGAAGCCUGCUGGAAGGCCGGAGGGCCGGGAGGAAGGAACGGGUAGGAAGAGGGCGAAAACGCAAUCCGCUGGGCCUUCCCCUGCAGCCCCCCUCGCAGAGAAAGGAUUUGCAGCUCAGCCUUGCACCAGCUGUUCCUCGGCUUUACCGGGCGAGAGAGAAAUAAAUAAAAUUAAACGGCCACCGCCAGGCAGGCAGCCCCGGAGCCCGGAGAAAUCAGGGAGAGUGCUGCUGUGACCGCCUCCAGCGAGGGGGAGGAGGAGGAGGAGGAGGAGGCCGAGCAGGUCGCUCGGGAGACGUCCCCCUCCUCCCGUGCACCCACCGAGGGGGCUGCGGAGCUCGGGAGGGAGAAGCGGCUCCCGGCGGGGCUUUGUGCGAGGGGCUGAGCGACGUCCCGCAGCCAGCUCCUCCUCGCCUCGACGCCAGCCCGAGCCACGUGGGGACCUUUUUGGAGGCCGUCGCCUGACGCGGGGGCUCUCAGCGCUCCUGCCCCGACGGCUGGUUUAAAUCCAAACCCGGUUCUCUGCCCUGAGUUUUUAAUUUUGAUUUUUUUUUUGUUUGUUUGUUUUUAAACUCUCACUCCCUGUGCCGUGAACUCUCGCGGGGCGCAGAGCGGCGUGGGCUCCUCGGGGCCUCUCUCCGGAGGCCGCAGCGGGCUUCUCCAGGCCUCCUGCUGCGGCCAGAGCUCGCUCGGGGAGGCCGGGCAGCGCCUCGGCCCCUUCCUCCUCCCCUCCCCUUCUCACCUUGCUCUGACUCCAGCUGGGCCUGGGCUAUGCUGCAGGGCGGAUUCCCCAGCAGAGCUCCACCAUGCCAGCAGCGUCCGGAAAGAGGUUCAAACCCAGCAAGUACGUCCCAGUCUCGGCCGCUGCCAUCUUCCUAGUGGGAGCCACCACCCUCUUCUUCGCCUUCACGUGCCCGUGGCUCAGCCUCUACGUGUCCCCGGUCAUUCCCGUCUACAAUGCCGUCGUCUUCCUCUUCGUGCUGGCCAACUUCAGCAUGGCCACCUUCAUGGACCCAGGCAUAUUCCCACGAGCUGAAGAAGACGAGGACAAGGAGGACGACUUCCGAGCUCCACUUUACAAGACGGUGGAAAUCAAGGGCAUUCAGGUACGCAUGAAGUGGUGUGCGACCUGCCGCUUCUACCGGCCACCGCGCUGCUCCCACUGCAGCGUCUGCGACAACUGCGUGGAGGAGUUCGACCACCACUGCCCCUGGGUGAACAACUGCAUCGGGCGGCGCAACUACCGCUACUUCUUCCUCUUCCUGCUGUCGCUCACCACGCACAUCAUGGGGGUCUUCGGCUUCGGCCUGCUCUACGUCCUCUACCAGGUGGAGCUCUCUGGCGUCCGCAUGGCCAUCACUAUGGCCGUGAUGUGCGUGGCCAGCCUGUUUUUCAUCCCCGUCGCCGGCCUUACCGGGUUCCACGUGGUGCUGGUGGCGAGGGGCCGCACCACCAACGAGCAGGUGACGGGCAAGUUCCGGGGUGGCGUCAACCCCUUCACCAACGGUUGCUGUAAGAACGUCAGCCGGGUCCUGUGCAGCUCCCCAGCCCCCAGGUACCUCGGGCGUCCGAGGGCCGAGCAGACGGUGCUGGUGAGGCCCCCCUUCCUGCGGCCCGACGUGUCGGACGGCCAGAUCACCGUCAAGAUCAUGGACAACGGUAUCCAGACAGAGCUGAAGAGGACGAAGUCCAAAGGAAGCCUCGAGGUGACAGAGAGCCAGUCCGCUGACGCCGAGCCGCCACCCCCACCUAAGCCAGACCUCAGCCGCUACACGGGCCUGAGGACACACUUAACCCUGGCCACCACCGAGGACAGCGGCCUGCUGGGCAAGGACAGCCCCCCGACGCCCACCAUGUACAAGUACCGGCCCGGCUACAGCAGCAGCAGCAGCUCGGCCGCCUUGCCCCACUCCACCAGCGCCAAGCUGAGCCGGGUGAACAGCCUGAAGGAGCCCAACUCCAUCUGCGACGGCGGCCGCAAGCCCAGCUACCGCUCGGAGCCCAGCCUGGAGCCCGAGAGCUUCCGCUCGCCCACCUUCGGCAAGAGCUUCCACUUCGACCCGCUGUCCAGCGGCUCCCGCUCCUCCAGCCUCAAGUCGGCGCAGGGCACGGGCUUCGAGCUGGGCCACCUGCAGUCCAUCCGCUCCGAGGGCACCACCUCCACCUCCUACAAGAGCCUGGUGAACCAGACGCGCAACGGCAGCCUGUCCUACGACAGCCUGCUCACGCCCUCCGACAGCCCCGACUUCGAGUCGGUGCAGGCCGGCCCCGAGCCCGAGGCGCCGGUGGGCUACACCUCGCCCUUCCUCUCGGCCCGCAUCGCCCAGCAGAGGGAGAGCGACCUGCACGGCCGCUUCGCCGCCGCCGCCGUCUCCCCCAAGCACGCGCCGCCCCGCGAGCCCUCGCCCGUGCGCUAUGACAAUCUCUCCCGCCACAUCGUGGCUUCCAUCCAGGAGCGGGAGAGGCUGCUCCAGCAGCCGCCCGCCCCGGCGGCGCCGGGCAGGGAGGACGAUGCGGGGCCGGCGGACUCGGGCGUCCAGUCGGCGACGCCGGGCUCCGGCAGCGCCGCCCCCCGCAGCAGCUCUUCCUCGGACGAUUCCAAGCGCUCGCCCCUGGGCAAGAAUCCGCUCACCCGCCCGGCCCCUCCCCGCUUCGGCAAGCCCGAGCCCCCGCACGCGCUGCGGGCGCGCUCCCUCGGCUCCCCCGAGCAGCCCGCGGCCCCCCACCUGGGCAAAUCCGUGUCUUACGGCAGCCAAAAAGCGGCGCCUCAGGCCGGCGUCCCCGAGGCCGAGGAGGUGGCCUUGCAGCCGUUGCUGGCACCCAAAGACGAGCUGCAGCUGAGGACGUCCUACAGCAAGUCCAACGGGCAGCCCAAGAGCUUGGGGCCGGCCGCCCCCGGCGCGGGGCCCGUGCCCCUCAGCAGCCCCACGCGCGGCGGAGUCAAGAAGGUGUCGGGCGUGGGGGGCACCACCUACGAGAUCUCCGUAUGAGGGGCACGGCCCGCGCACCUCCUCCCAGCGGGGCACCCAGGGGCCUCCCCGCGGGCACGGACGCUCUGCAGCCCCCGGGGACGAGGGGCGGACGGGCUGGCGGCGCUUCCCUUCCUGAUUUUUGGUUUCUCCUCCCCGUUUUCCCCCCCUCCCCAGGACUCGGGUGCUGCCUCGCACCCCAGCAGCGCCCCUCUCCCUCCGAGGACCCCGGGGGGGCCCUGUCCUGCGGCCCCCCCGCCCGGGCCAGCCACUUGUGGGCCUUGUGCAAUCACUCGCUCGCCUAGUGUGGUAGGAAUGGAUUGUUUUUAAAACCAGAAUAACUUUUUUUUAUUAUUAUUGUUACCGGAUUCUAUUUUUUUUCUCUUUCUGAGUUACCAGGUGUGUGUAUAUAUAAAUAUCUAUA